UGAGUGUAGGUCAGUAAAGCUAGGAGGCGGUUGCACUUGCAGUACCAGAUGGAAAUGUAAGACUAUUGAUUCUCUUGUAGACAAAUUCUCUCUGUAGAAGAAGGCUAGUCGCAGGGCCUUCUUCGUGAUUGUGUUUCUGCCCUAUUUGAUAUUUUGUCGAAUGAUGGUGCCCUGGAAUUUCUAUGAGGGCAGUGUAGUGUGAAAAACUGUUGUAAGAGAUAUAAACACAAAGGGGAGAGCCAAUGUCCAGCUCUUGGGGAAUCAUGGCAUAUUCAGACCUAAUCUACCUAAUAAAAGACAAAUUUAAAGCAGAAAAAAAAAGUUUGAAAAAUAAUUGUAUUGUAAAAGUGAUAGAACUUCUUUACAGUGUACCUCUGGAUGUGAUUUGGGCAUGUGACUUCACUCAGUACAAGAUCUCAGCCUUGAAUCAGACAGCCACAAUUCUGCAACUGUAACUCAGACUCAAAGCAUGCUGCUUCUCAACAGUAAAUUCUUUACACAUCCACUUUGAUAGGGUGGUGACAAACAUUUAAACAGCCUGUAAAAUCAUGUGUGACAGUUGAUAGGCACUUCCUGCCCACAACCAUACUGUCACUUAUUCAAGCCAAAAAGAGGCGUUGAAUGGAGGGAUUUCAGCAAUAACAGGCUUGCCAGCCUCAAUAUUUUGAUUCAAGCUGAUGAAAACUGAGGUGCUGAGAAAAAAACAAGAGAGCAUGCAGCCUUUAAGUACUAUGUGCCCAUUUAAAAUGUUUGGUUGUGAGACCAAUAAAAUGUUAUAUAAUUACCAUUGUAUUCUUAAGCUGUUCUGUAUUGUCUGAUCUCAUACUAUUUGAUGUGUAAUUAGUAGCAUCAGUUGGUCGUACUACAUUGCCUCUAGGUGUCAAUCAAUGUGAGAAUGUUUAAUAUAUUGUGUUUUGUAAUAGACUGAAAUCUCAUCCAGGGUAAAUUUCCACCUUGUAUCCUGUGUUUUAAAAUCCUGACUGGGAUAGAGCAACUGUUAAAGAAUAAUGAAAUAACUGAGUUUGUGAUCUUCUUACUUUGAUAAUUUAACAACAUGCAUAUCAUUAUGUCACAUCAGUAUUUCACAAUUAUAUUUAAGGAAACCUUUAAUAAAAUUUCUAGUUUCUGUUCCUUACUUAUAAUGUUUUACUCACAAAUGUAUUCCAUUGUCUGUGUUGUGCUGCGAACAGCGUUUUCUUUUUCCUUAGAAGAAAGGGUCAAUACAACUCAAUACAACAUUAUUUUGAUUGAUCACCUUUUUCCUAUGAUAAAACAUUUCUAUCCUGAUGGAUGAAGUCUCUUCUUGAUAAUGUUUCACCUAUCCAUACUGGAGGACAUGAUGGCUCACUGAGUAGAUUGUUGUGUAUGAACAUGAUACAUAUGAUUUGGCUGUCACCUCUUAGACAAAGUUCUCAAAUACAUAAUCAAAACCAACUUGUUUUGGAAAAAUUAUGUAUGCCCGUUUUGAAUAGUUUUAAGCACACUUUCAGUCAUGCAUCUGCAUUCAAUGAAUUACUCUGGCACACAUCCAAAAGUAAAAAGCUUUCUGCCAAAAUUAAGCAUUUUUUUAUGUCCCACAGAGUGGUCAGUUUAUUUAAUUUUUAUUUACUUUAAUUGAAUCAUAUCUACUUUUAAUUAAUUUUCGUGACAAGAUUCUUCUCAUCUUAAGAGUAGUGGGAAGAUUUAAUUACGCUUGACUAGUUGUGCAUUUAACGCAACAGCGACAGGAUCAAGAACAUUUCAGCAUCCUCCAGGGUAAUCACUUUUUUUACAUUUCAAUUAGCAUGCAAAUACAACCAUAUUGAACAGCAUUGUACUGUAACUGAAUAUAAUGAGUUUCAAAAGAAGAAGUAGAGGGGAAAAAAACAAUAGAAGUGCUUCUUAAAUAGAUAAAUGUGUUACAUUAAAUCCAUAGCCGAUAAGGCAGGUGGGUGAGUGACUGGGAUUUAAUCAUGCAGCACAAAUUGCCAACACAAAACUUUCCAAUCUGCAAGCAAGGAAAUGCUAAUGUGGACUUGGAUAGGAAAUUGAGUGAAUCAGAAUGCAUGAAAUGUUAAACAAUUAUGUUAUAGAACAAACUGUAUUGAUUUUAUAAUUGUUUGCAAAUGUUUUAAGCAAUUAUUUGCUGGUAAUAUAUUUUUAAAGCUACCAAUUUGUCAUGUUGGGACAUCCUUCCAGGAGAAUGCAGAUGAAAUAUGGACUACAAUGUUCACCCAGAUAUGUCUGCGUUUAGUGUAGGCUAAUAUACAGUAUUUCGUGCAUGGAAAUCGGUAAAACGAAGAGUCUUGCUAGAUUUGAAACGUCUAUAUCCCCUCCUACUCAUACCCAGUCGCAUGUAAAUCUCUGUGAUCUUAAAAUUCCCAAUUUCAUCUAGACGCCUAUGAAGCAGCAGGUAGUAUGUGAUGGUCUCGGUUGUGCUGAACGAGAAAGCGAGAGAACCUGGUUUCUGUUGUCUCUUCAAAUCAGCGCUGCAUUGGCGACAUGCCCUAGGGCGCACACGGGAACAAACCAUUUCCGUUCUCCGCAGUAGGAGCGUGUAGUGAGCGCCCUGCUUUUGGUAGAGACCUCUCCGACAUGCAAAACUGUCACUCAUGCACUUGUGCGCUCACUGUGCACACUGGACUGCAAUUUCUUUUUACUAUCAACUGAGCCGCUGAUUCUUUCUCGUCUCCCAGAAGACCUUGACUACUCAUCAUGAAUCUGGUCAUUUGUCUUCCACAAGCUUUGAGCUCUUCCAUCACUGCUCAUCCUCAGAACAGCUCCCAGAGACUUACACGAGGCUUUCCGCACCAGUUGCUCUCAUCAGAUUAGAUGGUCGUGACGGUGAUCUUAGGUGUAUCGAAUGGGUCUUCCUCCAGUACGAUUCAUGCAGCUCUUCCACGUGUGCACGACCAACUCAUGAAUGACUGCGCUAUAUUCCUGAUCUCAGCCUGCAUCUCAGCUCUGAAGAACUGAUGGAUUUAAAGAGAGUGCUGUCGUUUCCUCCAUAUCCAGGAGACUACCUACACCCGGUUGUUUAUGCAUGCACAGCAGUUAUGCUGCUUUGCCUGCUGAUAUCGAUAAUAACAUACAUUAUACACCACAGUGUAAUCCGAAUCAGCAGGGAAGGUUGGCACAUACUAAUGAACGUCUUCUUCCACACUGCCAUGACGUUUGGGGUGUUUGCAGGUGGCAUCAAUCAGAUCAAGUACCCUAUUCUCUGUCAAGUGGUUGGCAUCAUUUUGCACUACUCCUCUCUCUCCACAAUGCUUUGGCUGGUGCUCACUGCCAGGAAUACUUGUAGUGAAGUCUCCAAGGCUCCACCCCUCUCUCACGACAGGGAUCCACCCAUACAGGCCUACCCUAAAUUCACCAUAUUCAGAUUUUAUCUGUUCAGUAGUGGGUUUCCCAUUAUCAUUGUUGGAGUCACAGCUUCCAUUAACAUGACAAACUAUGGGAGCAGAGAUGAUGCCCCAUAUUGUUGGAUGGCAUGGGAGCCCAGUCUGGGAGGCUUCUAUGGACCUGCUGCCUUCCUGGUCCUGGUCAUGUGUUUGUAUUUCCUGUGCACAUUUGUGCAGCUAAAAAGGUACCCAGAGCGUAAGUAUGAGCUGAAGGUCAUGACAGAGGAGCAGCAACGUCUGGCUACUGCUGAAAUUGGCCACUGCCAUGCUGCUAGUGGAGAACCUGGAGAACACGGGGACCAUUCAGGUUGCACAGCCAUAACUGCUUCCAUGCUUGCCAAUGAGCACUCCUUUAAAGCUCAGCUGAGGGCCACUGCUUUCACUGUUUUACUCUUUCUGGCCACAUGGACCUUUGGGGCAUUGGGUGUGUCACAGGGCCCUUAUCUGGACAUGAUAUUUAGUUGCUUAUAUGGUGCAUUUUCAGUCACAUUAGGACUGUUUCUGCUUAUUCAGCACUGUGCUAAACGGGAUGAUGUGUGGCACCGUUGGUGGGCAUGCUGUCCUUCUAAACCAAAAUUGGAUGUGAAUGGUGAAGCAGCAAGGAAUACCGAAAUUAAAAGUCACCUUGAGGUCAAUCAACCUUAUGCCGGUAAACCUUUACUUUCCCCCCACCUUCUCACAUCUUACCUCACCAUAAUCCAAGCUCCCUGCCCACAGCUCAAACUGCUGAGCCCAUGCUGCUCUACUUUGUAUAAGUCCUCCCCAGUGCUAGAUGGCUCUGCUCAUUCCCUGUCUCUCCCUGAUGAGUUACCACGCCCCUCCCUGCCCCUUCAAGGCUGCCUGAAGGACAGGACUAAAUUGCGCUCAUUCAGUCGUUCACGGCCCUGCCUUAAGGACUACACCUUACACAUGGCUUCAAACAGCUUGGAUGGAAGUAUGCACAGCUCCCACCUGGAUAGCCCUCACAGCAUUCACUUAGAAAAUCCCGUCACUUGUCAUACCUCACACUUGGAGAGCCAGUUCUCCUGCCAUAGCCCUCAUUUGGACAAUGAGCUGCGCUGUACCAGCCCUAGCAUCCAUAUGGAAAGCGACAGAAUGCACCUGGAUAGCCAGCUACCUUGUCACAAGGGACACACCUGCCAUAGGCACAUGUGUUGUGCCAAGGCAGAACCUUUCUCCAGCAUCUGCUGUCUCAAAAAAGACCCAUUUUCUGGGCCUUCUCUGGAAGAAGAUACUAGCACAGAUUCUCUGAUAUACAGCAGCACCAAAAUGACCAAUAAAGAGAAGGACAUUAUGUUGCACUUGGAUAUCCCUCCUCCGCGGGCCACUGUGGCAAACACUCAGGCUACUCUCAGCAGAAAAGGCACUCUCAACCAAAAAGGGAUGCUGAGCCACAAUAACAGCCUGCAUGAGGACUUUGUAUUCAGCCCUGAUCCCACAGGUAACAUUAGGACAGGACCAUGGAAAAAUGAAACCACUGUGUAGCCCUGGAUAAAUAUCAUGUUUCCUCCUUCAGCUAAACUGCUACUAAACUACUGUGUAGUACCAGGGCUGUAUUCCAAAGCAACUCUGAUUAGAACUACUGUGUAGUCCUUCCGCUAUGACUUCCACCGUCACACUCCCUAAACCUUAACUUGACCACUAAAUAGGACUUUAUAGAAUUGAAAGUAUUUGUUUAGGUUUCACAAAAUCUGCUAUUUACCAUCAUUACACCCAUGUGCACCCUCUUCUUGUGCUGUUCAAAAUUGUCCCAGCAUACCCAAAUGUACAUAGACAUGUUCAAGAUUGAGGUUCCCUAAUGACUAGUGAUUGUUUAAGUGCAUAUGUGUUCCUAUCUACAUAUUCACAUUCGAUAACAUGCAUUCACGAUAUCAGUUAAAAAAUGAAGCAUUUCAUCAGAAAUGUGUGCAUUUCAGCACUAAGAUGUUGUGUGUGGUUAAUUAAAAUGAACUGGGAACCUAUGAGCAAGUACAAAGUCAGUCAAGUCAAAAUAAUUUUCAUGGUCUGGUCAUGUCUUAGAAUUGGCAAAAUGUGAGACAAAUUUUAUACAACCUAAAAUGAACCUGACCAUUCAGAUGAUUGUGUAAACCUGGCAGUUAUUGCUGAUAGAAAUGGCCAUGUAGCACGAUCAAUUAACAUUAAGCACCCUUAAAAGCAAAUAAACAAAUAGUCUUCAGUCUGUUCCCAUGGUGACAGAUUAAGAAGAGAUGUACCCCGAGGUUUGUAUGAGAUUUUUUUUGCUGCAAAUCAACCCAAAACUUUUAUCUUAGUGAGGCUAUAAUUAAUGCAUCGAUCUGCUGUUUUUUGUGGCACUGAUUUUAGCAUGCCGUUUUAGUGGUAUAAUGUUUAAGCGGUGGACACAUUGGCAUAAACAAAGUUAUUUCAUCAGCAAUUGUCAGAAUAUUGUUUUAGAGAAUUUACUUUCCAGAUUCGUCUGGCACCACAUGUCCAAAGACGUCAUUGCCAAAUGUUUUAUUCUUUACUAGUUAGCUUUUCUGUUUUUCUAACCAAAUAGAUUUUGUCAGUAAACUGAGUAUAGAAGCUAACAUGAACUAAGAUCUUGCUUGAAAUAAAGGCUUAUCUUACUAUGUAACAUAAAAAAACAUUAAAGUAGCAUUAAAAUAAUGGCAGCAACUUCACAUUUCAAAGCUCAAAUGUAAUGCAUUUGAAUUGCAAUCUGUAACACAAAACCACAUGAUCUUGUGAAAUAUCUUCUAGUCUUUGGCUAAGUGAUAUGAAUGACAAUGAAAUCAAAUGUUUGUGUUGGUUAUUUGGAAUUGUCUUUUCACUGAUUUUGUCAUGUUGUGUUUCUCUGUGAACUCAGGGAUGAUGUCUUAAGUUUUCACCGGUUUCCCACAUAUACUAUAAAUGCAUGCACUUACAUCCUACACCUUAUUUACCACACAGCCAAAGGCAAACAUAAUCGCAAUACACACUAUGUCAUAGUCAUUAUUCCAUUGUAUUUUACUUCGAGUUCUGGAAAGGAAAUGAAAAUUGUCUACUUGUAUUUUGUGCCAACCUGUAUGUACAUGCACAACUUUUUUGAUAGAACAUGAAGUACUGCAUUGCUCUUUGGACAAAACAUGAGAUGUAUCUUGUGACCUAACUAAUAGUCAGCUAUUGUUUAUUUAAUACAUUUGCCACUUUUUCCAAUAAAUGUAUUUUC